AUGGCAACUGGGAAAACACGACCAACAUCUGUGGGGACCGGUAGUACAAACAUCCGCACCCCCACUCCCACCAAUAGAAUCAGGGCUUCUCAUCGUAAUACAGUCUCUAUGUUGCUUCCAAGAGACGAAAUUAUGCAGCAGGAAUACGAUGUCAAAGAUAGAGAAAGCGGUGCUGCCUUCCUAGAGAAGUCUCCCUUCUACCGGACUGGAGAACCCAUAAUGAACGAAAGCCUAAUACUAACAAUCCUUCACAUCACACAGUAUACAGGAAUUCCCCGCAUAGUGAUAGAAGGCCUUCGAGCUGUUGCGCUGCUUCCAGAGGACGGCACCAGCAACACUCCCACAACCGCGACAGAGCUCAACAUCCAGCAAAUAGUGGACUCGCUUUCAACUUCGCUCUCAGCCCCUGUCAUAGCAAACCUCACCUCCUCACUAUCAGCACAUGUUGUGGCAGCUAUUUCACCUCAAGUAGCGUCCAUCCUCACGGCCUCGGAAAAUCUCAAGACGAACGUCGACGAAAUCACCAAAUUCAAAACAACUUUAGAAGAAAACUCGAAAGACAUCAAGGAUAUUGUCAACAAUGUGAGCCAAUCAGCCAAACCCCAACCAGGGACACCAAGAUCAUACAGUGCCAUUGUUCAACAGAACACACAGACCCCAGCCCCAAUCUCGGUAGCCCUCGCCCGUGCAGCUACAAGGGACCGUCAAAUCCUAUUCGACCCGGUGCCAGGCAGCGUCCUAUUCACAACCAAAGUAACGUCAGCCGAGAUCGCAACCAAAAUGAAACAAGUGUUCACGGCAUCCCAGUCGGAUGACACUCCAGAUAUUCAAAUUAAAGCAAUCACUCGCCUUUGUAACGGUGGGUUUAUAACAGAACUAACUACUACAGAGGCGGCCAAAUGGAUCAGAACUCCAGAGAAUAGGCUGAAAAUCACCAACGCCCUUGACCUUCCAGCAACCAUCAAGGAACGACGCUUCUCUGUAAUAGUCCCAUUCCUACCCAUCGAUCUAACAUCGAAGACACGGCAUGGUUAUGUAUGGUGGAAGAGGAAAAUAACAUGA